AUGCAACGCAUUAUAACCCAAUCAAUUCGCUCCUUUAACCAUCGUCUUGCUGCGCGCCCUCAAGGGACUCAAGUGCUUCAACCUUUAUGUCUCCUGCCCCGAAACCCGCGCGCUGUUCCUCUGAACAGCCGUGAGUUUGCCAACUCGCCUGCCCUAUACAAGAAAAAGGAGAAGGCCAAGAAAGCUUCCGCUUCUGCUUCUGAACCAGAAGAAAGCUCUAGUGCUCCUACUGAAGAUCCCUUUGAUCUUUCCCAAUUACACAAUGGCAUUUCCACAGCUGUUGCUCGGCUAAAAGAUGAUCUGUCCAAGCUUCGCGCAGGAGGACGGUUCAAUACCGCAGUCCUAGAAAGCUUGAGGGUCCACCUGAGCAAAGACAGCAAAGACUCCGUCAAAUUGGGAGAUCUGGCGCAGGUUGUGCCCAAGGGAGGACGCAUGGUUACUCUUUUGGCUGCCGAAGAGGAUCACUUGAAACCUCUUACUUCAGCAAUUGUCUCCUCAAACCUCUCCCUGACCCCUCAGCCUGAUCCUCACAAUGCCCUCCAGCUCAACAUUCCUAUCCCACCACCUACAAAAGAAUCCCGCGACAAGAACAUCCAAGCUGCCAAGCAAGCAUUCGAAAAGGCUGCCGGUGUAGUACGUGACUCUAGGGGUGCCAUGCAUAAGCGUCUUCAGGAUAUGCAGAAGAAGAAACUGGCUCGGCCAGAUGACGUGCGCAAAGCUCACGAUCAGAUGGAGAAGGUUACAGAGCAGGGCCAAAAGGAGGUAAAGGAUGCAUUUGAAGCGGCCAGGAAGACAUUGGAACAGGCAUAA